ACGUGACAGCUGCGUGCCCGGCACAUCCCCGCCCUUAGCCGCGAAACCUUGGCAAUAGUCGGGGGAGCUACGGCCAGGAGGCGGUCUGCGCUACCGCUUUUACGACCGGGUUGUGUGUGAGACUUCCACAAGCGAUCAGCUGUUCCCAUCGCAUUCGCAUGCAAACUUCCCGAGAACCCGUAGCCCACUCCCAGCCACCGUUGCCAACGUCCACACGUGGACUCCAGAAGACUGACAGCAUCUGGACGCGCCGAAGACACGCUCGUAAUAAGAGAUGGCGAGGCCACGGCAUUCCUCGACAACAUUGGAGCCCCUUUCCCACAAUGAAGCAACGCGCUCCCUCGUGCUCCGGCGCGUCUUUCAAGAUGGCAGCAGAGGCGACCAUGAGAUGUCAGCCGAGUCGAGCAUAUCAUGUCCUCAGGGCUACCGAGUUGGCCUCUUCUGCAUGGCUGAACGACAUCUUGGUGUUGAGAUACCAGCAGCUCCUCCCUCGCGCUUCACGUGGCAGCCUUACCACGUCCUCCUCCUGUUUCCACAACUCCUGCUGUUCCAACAACACCGAGGUUCUCGGGAGCUGUUAUCAAAUGCACACACUCCCUGACGCGUCGUCGUCUGCGUCUGCUCAGCCGUAAUCCCGUGGUUCAGAGGUUUGUAGAAGGUGAAGUCAAGGGACUUGCGCAGCGCUGGCUGGGUCGCACCUUCCCCU